UUCCGAUCGCCGGUUCUUCUCCUUCUUCAGUCUUUCUAUAUGUUCCCCAUACAACUGGAGUGCUUGAAAGCCUAAAGUAGAGGUCUUAUAUGACAUUGCAAGUAAAUUGUGUUAAGUUUAUGCCUUGUGUUCCUCAUACUUUACAUACAUAGUUUUAGCGUAACUGGGAGCAAAACAAAAUGGCAGCCCUCGUUCCAGGAGUACUGAUUAAGCUUCUCCAGAGUAUGAAUUCCAAUAAAAAAGUUCGCGGGGAAUAUAGAUCGAUCCUUUUACAAGUCAUCAGCAUUGUCCCUGCUUUGAAUGGAUCAGAACUAUGGCCAAACCACGGUUUCUUUAUUAAAGUCUCGGAUUCUUCUCAUUCGACAUAUGUUACGUUAUCUAAAGAGGAGAAUGAGCUCAUAUUGAACAACAAAUUGCAACUUGGCCAGUUCUUUUAUGUUGAAAGAAUGGAACCUGGAACUCCAGUUCCAGUUUUAGUAGGGGUGAGGCCACUUCCAGGGCGACAUCCAUUUGUAGGUAACCCAAAGGAUUUAAUGCAAAUGUUGGAACCGUCUGAGGUCACUGUUCGAAAUGAUCAGGAAGAUGUUACUGGUUCGAAGUUUAAUGAAUCGCCUGAAUUGAACAAAGAGAACUCAAAGAACAAAUUUGUUAUCAAAGAGCAAAAAAUGGUUGUUGCUUCCAGGUACAUGCGAGGAGUAUUAACCUCUUACACAAAGAUUGGAGGGCUUGAUCAAGGUACUGGUGUGAAAGCCAUUGAGAAUGAGAGUAGUGGAGCUGCUAAAAAGGCCAUACCUCUGAAAGAGAAACAACGCGAGCUUAAAGGUCAGACACGGUCUUCAACUCCUUCACGCAGUCACUCUGAUCCAAUUGUGAUAAACUCAGGCAUAAAUAAGCAUUUGAAAACUCCAAGAUUCUCAACAUUGAAACUCACAAGAAGCAAACAAGAAAGUGUCAGAGAAAAUAGUCAAUCCUCAGAAGCGUACAUGCCCUGGUCCUCGCUACCAACCAGCCUUGCAAAGCCUGGGAAGGGGAUACUUAGGAGGGGAUUAUUAGCUUCUUUAGUAGAAGCAGAAGCUCAAGAAGAAGCAAAGGAAGCAGCAAAACUUCUUCAUUGCCUCAGAAUGUUUGCUGAACUGUGCACCUCGGCAUCACCAGAAUGUCCCUAUCUCUCUCUCUCCAAAUUUUUCAAGCUCAACGAUCUCAUUGAACUACCCAGUACUGCUAAAACAAAAGAGCUAACCCCAGAUAAUUUUGCUACUAAAUUAUCUGCUCAAGAGAAGGUGAAAGAAGGGAAGAUGACAUGUUUCUUGAAUGGUAAAACUACAAGCAAGUCUUUGAAGCCUUCUAUGGAACUUUCUGGAGCUGAAAAGCUAGAGUGGGCAAGAGGAGACGGUUCCAAAGACAUCGUGGAACUACGAGAGCUUCUGUUAAAUGAAAUACAGUCUUGGUUUCUCAAAUUCUUGGAGGGAGCAAUUGACGUUGGCUUUUGGCAGAACAAGCAGGAACAAAAAACGAAAGCAAGUGUACCACGCCAAACGGAGUCAAAAAACCAAAUAGCUUUCACAUUAUCACAGCUUAAGCAUGCAAAUGAAUGGUUGGACAAGGUAAGGAGUACCCUAAGCUCAGACGAAAACAAUUUGGUCGAGAGAGUUGAUAGAUUGAAGCAAAAACUCUACACCUGUUUACUUCUUUACGUGGAUUCAGCCGCUUCAGCUCUUGGAAAGCCGACCUCAUAGCCAAUAAUUUCAUGGAAAUGGACCAGAGUUCCUAAGAUGUUUUCUUCAUAUUCUAUUUAUAUAAACAUUAUGCAAGAAGCUAUUUAAAGGUCACUUAAAAGUGGUCAAUCAGCUGAUGUUCAUAAUUCUGUAUCUAAUUAUUUCAUGUAUUUUUUUUAAAAAACUGUCUGCUACAAUAAAUCAAUGAUGACUUACCUGCA